AUGAGUGGGAGAACCAUCGAAGCUUUCUCACUCCCGGUUCUGUUUGAGCCUGGAACUAGCUGGGUCUAUGGUGCUAGUUUGGACUGGGCUGGAGUGCUCGUGGAGAGGUUGAGCAAUAUGAAGCUGGCGACUUACAUGGAGGAGCAUGUGUUUAGACCUCUUGGUCUCACGAACACGACACUGCACAUAACAGAGAGACCGGAUAUGCGGAAACUACUAGCUCAAAUGUUUCUACGAACCGAAGAGGGAAAGCUGGCCCCCAUCCCUUCACCUUACCCGGAAGAUGCACAGGAAAGCUCCGGUGGGAUGGGGCUCAUCACUACUACGUCAGACUUUGUCAAAGUCUUGACGGACCUACUCAAGGACAACCCAGUGCUUCUGAAGGCCGAGUCGGUGACAGAAAUGUUCACUCCUCAGUUUCAUCAAGGUACCAGUCAAUACGAAGGGUUGAUCAAACAAGAGGCUUUGCAUAAACAACUGACGGGGGACGACACGGGAAGCCCCGGAGUAGCAUUCGGACUGGGUGGUAUGGUAAUCAAAGAGGAUACGCCUAACCUCCCCGCAAAAUGUCUGACAUGGAACGGGAUGCCUAAUAUUGGGUGGUUUGUCAACCGAGAAAGUGGGCUUGGGGCUGUCUAUGUGAGCCAGUUGCUUCCAGCGGGAGAUUCGAAGAGUGCAAAGCUUCUCGGGGAAUUCUGGCGACAAGUUUGGGUUGAUCAUCUUGCGGGGCGUUAA